AUGCACCUGAGCCGGUUCCAGCCGGACCUGAUGGCCGCUUCGCUGGGCCAAGCAGGCGCCAGCAGCUCGGAUGAGGAGUCGGUCAAGGCAUGCGCGGUGUCGUUCGCGGCCGACCUCCGGCAGCACUUCAACACACACCUUUGUUCGCCGGUCUAG